AUGGGACUGGGAUUGGAACUGGGACUGGCGCUGGUUCACAAUGUGAAGCCGGAAUGCCUGGACGCCUACAACAGCCUGACGGAGGAGGUGCUGCCCAAGCUCCACUCGGACGCCGACUACCCCUGCGACCUGGUGGGGAACUGGAACACGUGGUACGGCGAGCAGGACCAGGCAGUGCACCUCUGGCGCUUCUCGGGCGGGUACCCGGCCCUCAUGGACUGCAUGAACAAGCUCAAGCAGAAUAAGGAAUACCUGGACUUCCGCAAGGAGAGGAGCCGGAUGCUGCUGUCCCGCAGGAACCAGCUGCUCCUGGAGUUCAGCUUCUGGAAUGAGCCCCUGCCCCGCCAGGGACCCAACAUCUAUGAGCUGAGGACCUACAAGCUGAAGCCAGGGACCAUGAUCGAAUGGGGCAACAACUGGGCUCGGGCCAUUAAGUACCGGCAGGAGAACCAGGAGGCAGUCGGCGGGUUCUUCUCCCAGAUUGGGGAGCUGUACGUCGUGCAUCACCUCUGGGCCUACAAGGACCUGCAGUCCCGGGAGGAGACGAGGAACGCGGCCUGGAGGAAGAGGGGCUGGGACGAGAACGUGUACUACACAGUUCCGCUGAUCCGCACUAUGGAGUCACGGAUCAUGAUCCCCCUGAAGAUCUCCCCGCUGCAGUGAGCGGGG